ACGAUGCAUCGAUGUUUUUCCCGUCCCAUCCCCAAAGAUUCGCUCAUUUGAAAAAAAAAAACAUGGCUGGAAGAGGUGGUUAUGAACACGCUAGAGGCGGAUUCGGUGGAGAUCGGGCAUCCAAGCAGUUGCCCACGGAACCGCCCUUUAUCGCAUUCGUCGGCAAUCUGCCGCAAGGCCUGGUGCAGGGCGAUGUGAUCAAAAUAUUCCAGGACUUUGAGGUGAAGAACGUGCGGCUAGUGAAGGAUCGCGAGACGGAUCAGUUCAAAGGCUUCUGCUACGUGGAGUUCGAGACGCUGGAAAACCUGGAGCGGGCGCUAGAAUGCGAUGGUCGGAUCAAACUGGACGACCUGUCGGCGCCGCUGCGCAUCGACAUUGCCGAUCGUCGGAAAAAUGAUCGCCCUGGUGGCGGUGUUGGCGGCGGUGGCAACGGAGGCAUGACCCGCGGCGAUGGCAGAGACUUUCAGAAGCGCGGCCCACCCCGCCAAGGCGGCAGCAGUCAGUCCUACAGCCGGGGAGGUCCUGGCACUGGCGGCGGUCGCGAAGGCGGCGGCGGAUCGGGUAAUCGCGGCGAUAGUAGAGGUUCGUACAAUGAUAGUUAUGGUGGUCACAAUGAUAGAAGUCGCGGCGGCGGAGGCAGCGGCGCGGGCUCCGGCGGUGGCAUGAAUAGAGGAUACAAUGAUCGGCCGGCAAAUCGGGGUCGGUACGGCAACUUCAAUAACGAUGAUCGGUUUGACCGCAACCAGGACCGUGAGCGCGGACAGCGGGAAGGCAGCUAUGGCAAUCAGUCGCGCGACGGCGAUCGCUACAACAACUUCAGCCGGCACCGCGACCGCGAGCGCACCCACUACAAUCCCAACCAGCAGAGCGAACGUCCCAGCGCCGGAAUGGGCGGUCUGGGCGGCGGCUCAGGCGGAUCUGGCGGCCUGGGCGUUGGCGGUGGCGGUGGCGGUGGUCCCUCCAUGGGCGCCAUUGACGAUAAUGAGCGGCCACGCCUGCAGCUGAAGCCACGGACGAUUGCCGCGCCCAUAAACGCGGUGGCCGAAACCAAGCAAUCGGCCUCGAUCUUUGGCAAUGCCAAGCCGCGCGAGGAGAAGCUGAAGGAGCUGCAGCAGAAUGUCAAUCACAACGGCGAUAACUAGAGGGCAGAAGUCGGUCCGCAAUAUAAUAUGCCUGAUAUGAUAUUUUGGUGUGCGCGAGAGAGAGAGAGAAGCCGAGAUAGACGGAGAGGCGGAGGCGGAGAUGGAGAUAGUGAGGAGGAGGUGGAUCAGAAGGAGCAUCAGCAGCAUGCAUAUAUAAACACAUACAUUAAUUAAUAACACUACGCUACAUACCUAUUAUAUACGAAUGAUAUGUACUACAUUACAAGAACGAAGAUGAAACAACAGGCUGGCCUCUGUGUCUCUGUGUCAGUGUCCAGUGUCAGUCAGCGAGCAACUUAACAGCAACAUCAGCACAGCAGCAGCAGCAACAGCAACAUCAGCAACACCAGCAACAUCAGCAACAGCGACAAAGCCAAGCAGCAACCAAGCAACCUUUCUUACUCUUACUGCAACCAGAACAUCCGCAACAACAAUGGAAAGUCUAUAAAUGUUAGUCCUUAAGCAGCGAUAAACUUUAGUCUCGUGCAUAUGGCCUAUAUAUAUAGUAUAUAUACGUUUAUGUGCGGUUCAUGUACAGCAGCUGUAUGCACGUUGCUAUUUGUUAGUUAAGUAAUGCAUAACAAAACAAAAGUUCUACCAUUAAGGUAUAAAUAGUAAACAAAAAACAAGUAAAACAAAACAAAACAAAAAAAUCAAAACAAAACAAUACGCAAAAAAAAAAAACUCGAAAAACAAAGCAAAAAUCGAAAACAAAAACAUUUUUGACAAAACGUUCAGCGUAGCAGGCAGGCAAUUUAUACAGUUUAUAUAUAGCAAAAAGAAGAAAAACGCAAAAAAAAAAAACAAAACAAAACAAACACCGAAACCAAUUAUUGAACAUAUAUACCUUAUGAAAAAAAACACCAACAAACAGAUCUAACAAAUCAAAUCGCAGAAAGGCAGAACACCAACUACGUACGUAAAAAAAAACAAAAAAAAAAACAAGCGGCGAAGUAAUCGUUGAA